GGCAAAACAGGUAAGCAAUGAAUUCUUGAGAUAAUAAUUGUGUCCAGCGCCUUAACUCCAUGUUGAGCAUUCCAAACGUCACUAGUCCUACUACUGACGGGUCAAUUUUUUCUAAAAGAGUCCUCCGUCGCCCAGGGCGGCGAUAACAGCAGUGUGAAAUCAUGUGGUUUGAGCUGAUCAUCGGGAUCAUCAUUUUCCAAUUGCUGAAGCGAUUCUUCUCCGACGGCGAGGAUCUUGACGUCGGGACGUACCAAGAUAACGCUCUUUUCUCAGUUGCGAAACGGCUGGAAAAGCUGUACGGUGGUAAGGCCUAUAUUGGACUUCGGAUUCCAGACGCCGAUUCCAAGUCUCAUAAGAGUAUUGAUCUUGUUCUCGUCACUCCACGAGAAGUUGUAGUAGUCUCCGUGAAGAAUAUCUCUGGACUUGUAUCCAUCGAUAAGGAUAAGAAUUGGGUUUGCACAGGUGUAGAUAAUCACAAGGAUGAGCUCUUUCUGGAUCCUGUUGCAGAAGCAAAACAACUAGUUCCCAUCUUAGAAUCAUAUCUCGAGCAAAGGGGACUUUCUCUACCAGAAGGAGGGGUGUCUUGCAUGGUGAUAUGUUCAAACCCCAAUUUUCGAACCAUACACGGUGACUCUUUUCCUCCUGAGGCGUUAACUUAUGACCAAUGGAUACAGCUAAAGCCUGGAAAAAAUAGCAUGUUUUCUGGUUUGAUCAAAGGAGUAUUUCAAGGAAAGAAAAAGGAAGCACAUGAUUCAAUACACGAGAAGCUAAAUUCCAUCCUCAACACAACUCCAAUGUGGGAUAGGUUAGAACUUAAAAGUAACAAAUCUGUCCUGGGAGAGUUUGUUGAAUUCAAGGGAGAUAAGGAUGACGUCUGGGAGUUGAGAAAUAUCAAGAAUUCAAAAGUUUGUCAGGUGACGAUCCAAAAGACUAGCAUGUUUGGUUUAGCUCAUUCUAAACUCCAAGUUCUUUAUUGUCAUCGAGAUUAUCAUGGGCAAGAGGGUUCAGAUUCCGAGUGGAAUGAAGUUUGUGUUCGAUCUAGCACAGAAGUUGUCUUUCAACCAAAGGAUUCCAGUAAAGUGCGCAAAUAUAAACUAUCUUCAAUCAUUUCCAUGUCACUGCUGAGUCCCUGAAGAAUUUUUUUUCCGUGAUACGAAUGCUUGGUGUAACCUUGACCAUGUAUAACUUGUGUCACCUUGUAGCUAAAUUUGUUUUGGUAAAUGCACUGAUGCAGAAGGUCAAGGCAACUAUGCAAAUUGCAAUGACUUGUAUUGUAUGAAAGAUAUAUUCUAUAUUAUGGGUGGGCAUGUACUGGGUUACCUAUAUAUUUUUAAGAGCUACUGGUUCC